UAGAUACACUAGUAGAAUUAGAAGUAAGUCAAGUCAACUCAUGAAUUAUGAGUUAUGAGUCAUUUUGAGUUUAAUUUGUUAAUUGUUUGAUUAUGAACUCGCUGUUGACUGGUGAGCCAAAUUUAAAUUUAGAUAAACUUAAUUCUGACUUGAUUAUAUAUCUAUUUAUUGUUGGUUGAAUAGAUGAUAAAAUCAAACCUGAUAAAUCUAGUUAAAUUAUUUAAGAUAGAAAAAAAUAAAAAAUAGGCAUUUAUAUAUUAACUUUUUAAUUAUUUAAAAUUUUAUAAUCAGUUUUAAAAAAAAAAACGUUUUAAACCUUUUUAAGGGAGUGACUCCCGUAUAUUUAUUAAAAAAAUUGAAUUGUUGUGUUAUAUCUGAAUAAACCUAACUUUUUAACUGCAUAAAUUUCUCGUAAUAAUUUUGAAUUGACGCCGUUAGCAAGAAUGCUUUUUGUAAGUAGAAAUUGUUACGUAUGCGCAAAACGCGUCCAAUGAAGGAAGGAAGAAAGGCAAUGCAAUGAGAAGGUAGCGAUAUUAAGAUGAGGCAAACUUAUUUCCAGUAAAUGAGGUAUCGUUUUCCUGGAAUCUUCACAUAUAAUCUUCUCAUCACUUCAAUAAUUCCCAGCUUCAACUGUGUCCUCUUUUAAAAGAAGCACGCACUUGUCAACAAUCAGCAUCAACAACGAAUUUAACUUGCACAGUUGCACAUUGUGAACUGAAUCCUUCUUGAUAAGUGAUAGCUUAAAGUAAAGGGUUUUAGCUGUUGAAUUUGAAUAAUAUUGAUUAUUGUGUUUCUAAAAUAAUGAACACAAUAAGCCAAGCUGGAAACUUAAAGCGGAGACGUGAGGAGGGAGGCAUCUGUAUCAGGACUGGAAAAUAUGUGAAGCUCAACAUAGAAACGGAAAUCGUGCCGGCUCUCACAAAAUUCAUUCGGGAAGUGGUAAAGGAGGAGUUGGAGAGCAAACUGUCCAUCGCGGAGCUCAAAGCAUCACUACAUUCAGGGGCGGCGGAGAAACGCUACAAGUUGGUUUUCAAGGCUGAUUUGGGUGAUACAAUUUAUAAAGACUCCAAAAUCAAAGCGAAAGAAAAUGAUGUUGAGGUUGCUCUAUAUGAUACUGUGAGUAAUUCAGUAGUAACACAUGGCCCACUGUCUUCCAUUAAGGUCGAGAUUUGUGCCCUCAACGGCGAUUUCGGCUCCAAUAAUGGAAGGUGGAGCACAAGCGAAUUCAAGCACAACAUCGUUCACCAAAGAGAAGAUAAAGCCAUGUUACUAAAAGGAGAAACGGUUAUCACACUAAAGGAAGGAGUUGGUCACAUCAACUUCAUUACCUUCACCGGUAACUCAAAGCGUACAAGAAGCAGCCGUUACAGAUUAGGAGCCAUUGUUCACUUACCUUGCCAUCAACAACACGUCGGAGAAGCUGUAAGCAAUCCUUUCAGGGUCAAGGAAAGCAGAGGGAAUACGAAGCAUUACCCUCCGUCACCUAAGGACGAAAUAUGGCGAUUGGUCAACAUAUCAAAAGAUGGUCACGUCCAUGACCGCCUCUUUCGUCACCUUAAAAUCCAAACUGUUGAGGAUCUCUUGCGUUUUGACAACCCAACCGAUCGUCCUUUGUUACAAAAGAUAUUUGGCCAAGGUUCAAGAAAGCUGAGGGAAACACUUAACCAUGCUAAGACUAGUUGUCAAGGACAAAAGUGUCAUUCGCAGAAUAUUAUCAUCAACUCUGAUGAUGAUAAGCAGCAUGUUGAGGAGACACUAGCAUUUGCACACACCUUUCCAGGCCCAAUGGCAAGUCUACAACAUCAAGAUCAACUAGGAACAGGGCAAGAUUUUGUCCAACCUUCUACCUCAACACCACACGUUGCUGGAGCAGAUAGCAAUGGGCAGUUUGAUUUUGAAACAGAACUAUUUGAGCUACUACCCCGUGAAACGCGCAUAGAAGGGAAUAAUGAUUGGGAUUAUUGUUUCUGAUGAGUUCAUAUGACUUUUUAAUAUGGCAAUAUCUAUCUUGUAUGUGUGGGAAUAAUUGUUGUUGUGAAUGAAUUGAAAUGCAUGGGGGCGAAGAUGUAUAGCACUUUUUAGGCUCUCUCUAUAGUCUAUAUAUAUAUAUAGCUACUUGAACUUUGAAAGACAAACACAUACGGCAGUGUUUGGCCAUGGGCCGGAUAACUUUAUUCAAUUAUAAUUUAGGUAUUUAUUUGUAUUUGUUAAUUUAUCUAAUCAAUAAAAACAAUUAUUAUCAUUUAA